AGUAACUAUCUUGCUCUGAACACGCUGCCGUGUGUCUAUUUACGUAAAUUAUACAUAUUGCUCACUGCCCGUUUGGGAAAACAAAUUACUAAAAUAAAUUUUUAAAAGCCAUUUAAUUAAGCAUUGACACACCUUUUUAAAUUACUUUAAGCAGUCAUUUGUUGUCACCAUGGAGCGACAGUCGAGAUGCAAUUGCUUUGGAAAUAUACCAGAUAAGGAUAUUGAAAAAUGUACCGAUCUGGACGCAACACGUGAUUUUACGAUUAAAAGAGGAAAAAUGAGCUUAAUCAAACAAUACUUGAUAGAUUAUACCGCAAACUCUAAUCUUCAUGGUUUAAAAUAUGUUGGAGAAAAGGAACGAACUACAGUAGAAAAGGCUUUCUGGCUUCUUAUGUUCACUUGCAGUAUUGUAUUCUGUUCUAGUCUUAUACAUAAAUUGUGGAUGAAGUGGAAUGAUAGUCCUGUUAUUGUAACCUUUGCAGAGACAUCUACACCAGUGUGGCAAAUCCCCUACCCAGCUGUAACAUUAUGUGCUGAAAUGAAAGUCAAACAAACAUCAUUCAACUAUACAGAAUAUUAUAAUUUAAAAAGAAAACCCACUAAUGUAGAAGAGGCACAUUUAUUUGAAGACCUAACUAUGAUAUGCAAUAAAAUCGUUGAUCCAUGGACACAUGGAAGAAAUUUUACACUUGGCAAUGAAACAGUCAAAAAUAUUAAAAAGGUGUCACCGAGUCUGAAGGAUAUAUUUACGACAAUUACGUGGAAAGACAAACUUUGUCCAGACUUAAAUUUAUUUUUACCAAUACUAACAGAAGAAGGUUAUUGCUACACAUUUAACACCAUCAGUGCCAACCAAUUACUGCGGAUUGAAAACUUAAACACUGAUUAUAAUUAUUUGAAGUCUUCAAAUGAAAAGCAGACGUGGACCUUAGAAAAUGGAUAUCCUCCAAACACACCAUUUGAAACUUACCCACACAGGGGGACUGGCUACGGAGACAAUGCUGGACUAUCUCUUUUACUACAGGCAAAAAAAAAAGAUUUUGAUUAUCUUUGCAGUGGACCAAUACAAGGUUUUAAGAUACUACUACACAAUCCAGCCGAUUUUCCGCGAUUGUCUCAGCAAUAUUUAAGUAUUUCACUUGGUCGAAAUGUAAUCAUCGCUGUAAAACCGAAAAUGAUGACAACUUCUGAAGGACUUAAAUCUUAUAAUCCCAGAAGACGACAGUGUUUUUUUUCAAGUGAACGCUACCUAAGAUUUUUUAAAGUUUACACGCAAGUAAAUUGUGAAACUGAAUGCUUAACAAAUUUUACUUAUGUGAGAUGCGGUUGCGUCCACUUCGGUAUGCCACAUGGUCCAGAAAUGCGAGUGUGCUCUGUAGGUAAACUAGAUUGCAUAAUUCGUGCCCGAAUGGAUUUAGUAACAGUCGAAGUUCAAAGUAAUUUGGAAGAAGCCGCAAAUACCGACGACUCUAUGGGCGAGGCUCGCCGCGUAGCCACAAAUUGCAAAUGUCUACCCGCUUGUACUUCUAUAGAGUAUGAAGCUGAAAUAUCACAAGGUGAUUUCAAUGCUGAAGCCCUCUAUAGAGCUCUUAAUUACCCACUUGUUGAAGACAUUGUAAGUACUCUCCAUACCCAAACAAAGAUUUUUUUCAAAGAAGCACAAUUUAAUGAAGUACGCCGCUCCGAGCUCUAUGGCCAAACAGACUUCCUUGCGAACUGUGGAGGUUUACUUGGACUCUUUUUGGGUUUUUCUAUUCUCAGUAUCGUUGAAAUUAUAUACUUUCUUACACUCAGAAUAUGUUGUAUCCUGUGGAGGCGUCGUCAAAAUAGUAAAAUAUAAUUUUCUCAAGAUAGAUGUUGUUUUACAAACAAGUCAUAUAACUUAAGAUGUCUACAAUUAUAUUACCUUUUUCAAAUUCUUAUCUAAGCUAUUAAUGUAAUAAAUUAUUAAUUAGCUUUUGUCGAGACUGUAUUUUAAAAAAGUUUUGAUUUUAAGUAUAUCUUAGCAUAUUGUUAUGUAUAUAAUCCAAAAAAUUGCAGUCUAAAAUUAAGUUCUAUAAAUUUAUAAAACUUGUAUUAAAUAUUAAAAUUUACUUUACAAUAAAUAUUGAAAAAUUUGCAAAAUAAUAUUCUCAAUGUAGUUAACCUAUAUAUUUUUAAAAAAUAAGGUAUAUAUAUAUUUGCAAUUAACUUGUAUAUAUAUUAGCAAAUUUCAGCUAUUGCGUUAUUUACUUGGAAUUUGGUUUUUGGGUGUAAAUUGAAAAAAAACACGUU